UCUACGUCAUCAGCGUGCGCCUGCUGUGUUGCUCGCGCCAUUCCUACAAGCGUGUGUUUUCAUCUCCCGUUUCAUUGCCAUUGGCUGAGCUUUAGCAGCAACUGCUACACAACAUAUUCUGUUUUCUACCGUCGUUCUUUAGGUAUAUCCAGCUAUGGACAUGGAUGGUGCUAGUUCAGUGGUGCUGCAGGCCUUAACCCAAGCUACCAGUCAGGACACCGCUGUUCUGAAGCCCGCGGAGGAGCAGCUCCGGCAGUGGGAGACGCAGCCGGGCUUCUAUUCUGUCCUUCUGAAUAUCUUCAAUAACCACAUGCUGGAUGUGAACGUCAGGUGGCUUGCGGUGCUCUACUUCAAAAAUGGCAUCGACAGAUACUGGAGGAGAGUAGCGCCUCAUGCUCUAUCAGAGGAGGAGAAGACCUCACUGCGGGCUGGUCUCAUCACAAACUUCAAUGAGCCCGUCAAUCAGAUAGCGACCCAGAUUGCAGUACUGAUAGCCAAGGUGGCCCGUCUGGACUGCCCCAGGCAAUGGCCGGAGCUCAUCCCCAUCCUGCUCGAGUCUGUGAAGGGUCAGGACGGCCUGCGGCAGCACAGGGCGCUGCUAACCUUCUAUCACGUCACCAAAACACUGGCUUCCAAACGUCUGGCGCAGGACAGGCGGCUCUUCCAGGAUCUGGCGUCGGGCAUCUACAGCUUUGCGUGCUCCCUGUGGAGCCAUCACACAGACUGCUUCCUCCAGCAGAUCUGCGCCAGAGACGAGGCCGCGGCGCUCGGCUCGCUGGAGAGGUCGCUGCUGUCUCUCAAAGUGCUUCGCAAGUUGACAGUCUUCGGAUUCCAGGAGCCACAACAGAAUGUGGAAGUGAUGGGUUUCCUGAAUGCUGUGUUUGAGAGGCUAAGACAGUUCUUGGAAUGCUCUCGACAGGUCGGCCCAGACAGCUCAUGCAGAGAGAAGCUGGAGAAGGUCAUCAUACUCUACACCAAAGCUUUGUUAGACUUCCUGGAGUACCAUCCAUGUGCAUUCAUACCUCUAAUCCAGCGUUCCCUGGAGUUUGCGGUCAGCUACCUGUUCACGCCAGCGGGGGAAGGAGUGACCUUCGAACGCUUCACCGUUCAGUGCAUGAACCUGAUCAAGUUGAUUGUGAAGAACGACGCCUACAAACCCUCCAAGAACAUCGAUGACAGUAAACCAGAGAGUCUGGAGGCCCACAAGAUCAAGACGGCAUUCUUCACUCACCCCACGCUGACGGAGAUUGGACGCCGGCUCGUCUCGCACUACUUCCUUCUCACAGAGGAGGAGCUGGCGAUGUGGGAAGAGGACCCUGAGAGCUUUGCUGUGGAAGAAACCGGUGGUGACUCUUGGAAAUACAGUCUGCGGCCCUGUGCAGAGGUAUUGUUCCUGGAUAUCUUCCACAACUACAACCAGACGCUGAUACCGGUGCUACUGGACAUGGUUCAGAAUCUCCAGGGCCCCACCAAUGUGGAAGACUCUGCUCAGUUGCUGAUGAAGGAUUCAGUAUACAAUGCAGUGGGACUGGCAGCGUAUGAGCUGUUUGACAACGUCGACUUUGACCAGUGGUUCAAGAAUCAACUUCUCGGAGAGCUGCAAGUCAGCCAUCACAGAUACAAGUUGAUACGCCGACGAGUCAUCUGGCUAAUAGGACAGUGGAUCUCUGUGAAGUUCAAAUCCGACCUUCGCCCUUUACUCUAUGAGGUCAUCCUGAGCCUCAUGCAGGAUCCGGACUUGGUGGUGCGCAUUGAGACGGCUACAACCCUGAAGCUUACUGUUGAUGACUUUGAGUUCCGGACGGAGCAAUUCCUCCCAUACCUGGAGUCCAUCUUCGGGCUGCUCUUCCAGUUGUUGCAGCAGGUGACAGAGUGCGACACUAAGAUGCAGGUGCUCCAUGUCAUCUCCUGUGUCAUCGAGAGAGUGAACAUGCAGAUCCGGCCGUACGUGGGCUGCCUGGUGCAGUACCUGCCGCUGCUCUGGAAGCAAUCGGAAGAGCACAACAUGCUGCGGUGUGCCAUCCUCACCACGCUCAUCCACCUGGUGCAGGGCCUGGGGGCGGAGUGUAAGAACCUGUACCCGUUCCUCCUUCCUGUCAUCCAGCUGAGCACCGACGUUUCCCAGCCGCCACACGUGUACUUGCUGGAGGACGGACUGGAGCUUUGGUUGGUGACUUUGGAGAACAGUCCAGCCUUCACCCCGGAGCUGCUCAGAAUCUUUCACAACAUGUCCGCUUUGCUGGAGUUGAGCUCCGAGAACCUGCGCACCUGUUUUCAGAUAGUUAACGCCUACUUAUAUUUGUCUGCUACAGACUUCCUGCAGAACUAUGCGGAAUCUUUGUGUCGAGCUUUCUGCAAUCUGCUGAAAGACAUCACGAAUGAGGGACAGGUUCAAGUGCUCAAGGUGGUGGAGAUAGCUUUAAAGGUUAGCCCCAUACUGGGAGCCCACAUGUUCCAGCCCCUGCUGCCUGCUGUCCUCAGAGGCAUUGUGGCCGGCGAGAGAUAUCCCGUGGUGAUGUCCACCUACCUAGGAAUCAUGGGCCGCAUACUGCUCCAGAACUCCAGUUUCUUCUCUUCUCUGCUCACACAAAUGGCCUCCGAGUGCAGCCAGAAGAUGGAGCAGUUGUUGGGCAGUGUGAUAGAGAUGUGGGUGGACCGCAUGGACAACAUCACUCAGCCAGAGAGGAGGAAGCUGUCGUCGCUGGCUCUGCUCUCCCUCCUCCCCUCGGACAACAGUGUGAUCCAGGACAAGUUCUGUGGCAUCAUCAACAUCUCCGUUGAGGCCCUGCACGAUGUGAUGACCGAAGAUCCUGAUACAGGCACCUUCAAAGACUGCAUGCUGAUGAGCCAGUUUGAGGAGCCCAAGCUGAGUGAUGACGAGGAGCCGCCGACUGAGCAGGAUAAGAGGAAGAAAGUGUUGGCCCUGGAGGACCCGGUGCACAGCGUCUCGCUGCAGCAGUUUGUGUACGAGAAGCUGAAGGCGCAGCAGGCCUUGAUGGGGGACCAGGGCUUUGCGGUGCUGAUGGAGACCGUGGACACGGAGCUUGUCAGGCAGCUCCAAGAGUUCCUCCAAGGCCUCUGAAUCACAUCUAUGAACCAUCUUUGCCCAGUGCUGACCCCCCCCCCCCCACCACCACCACCACCAUUUAAGAAGAUAAAGCAGUGUCCUCUCAGUGUCCACCCUGCAUCCCUUUAUCACCUGGGUUCCUUUACAUCCUUUUUUUUUUAUCAAGGUGGGGUCAUGAAUGUGAAGUACCUUCAGCCACACCACACCAGAGCUUCCACUCCGCUGUUCUGUAGUUUCUUCUCUCUUUGUGGUUUUAACUCGGGGUUGGUUUGGGGUUUGCAGCAGCAGAAGAAAGGAAGUAAUCACCUGCAGGUGCAAGAGCAGGAUCCUCAGACUGUUUUCUAUGGAGAAACCGAAAGAUUGUUGAAGAAAUAAGGAUAAACGGAACCACCCCGAAGGACUCAAAGCAGUGUUUACAGAAUCUAUUCUUAAAAAGAGAAAACAAAUGUAAUUUUGUAUGUAUGUAAAGUAUGAAUGAUAUUCUGCAUGAUAUUUUACCUUUUUACUUUGUUUUUACUUUGUGUUCAUUUCUCUUGUUUUGAAAAAGAUAAUUAUUUCCUAACCAGAGGUCAAGUUGAAGUAACUACUGAGAUCCUUUUUUUCGUUUUCAGGGGGAGUUUUGUUUCCCCAGUAAAAUAGUUGAUUUUUAAAAGGUUGAUUUGGAAGAGUGCUGAACCACAUUUAUGUGUGCAUACACAUACUGCUGCUAACUGUGUGUCGGAGCACUUUUCAUCUUCUCACACAGUUAAGUUUGACCCUGAUCUUUCGGGUCUCUGUGCUUGUAGUAAACACAGACUCACGGUAAACGUAACAUGCCGUCAGGUUACGUCUUCAAAGACGCAAUUUGAAAUGAUCUCACAAAUCACACUCACGUGAAGCUGUGCUGCUGCCUGGAUGUUUUUUUCCAUUCUGAUUCGACCAAUCGCUGAUGCCAUUUUAGUAGUAGAGAGGAGGCUUCGCUGUAUUUGGUUUGACUGAAUAAUCUUUUUUUUUUUUUUUUUUCAA